GCUUAUAUCCGAUAUGGCCGGUGAAAAAGCACUGAAAGUAUACCUAGAUCUUAUGUCGCAACCAUGUAGAGCUGUAUUAAUAUUUCUUAAAACCAACAAGAUACCUCAUACUGUGGAAACAGUUGCGUUACGUAAAGCACAGCACAAGACUCCAGAGUUUACCAAGAUGAAUCCCAUGCAGAAAGUUCCAGUGAUGCAACACAAUGGUUUUGUUCUCACUGAAAGUGAUGCCAUAUUGAAGUAUCUAGCAACAAAUUUCAAUGUCCCAGAACACUGGUACCCAAGACACCCUGAGAGGAGAGCAAAAGUAGAUGAGUAUACAGCUUGGCAUCACAUGAACACACGUCUAGAUGCCUCCAGAGUCUUCAUCUAUGAGGUGUUAAUGCCCCGUAUGACGGGACAGCCCACUGAACCAGCAAAGCUGGAGAAAGCACUGAAGGAACUGGAGAAGACACUGGAGAAGCUGGAGUCCAUGUUCCUGAGGAGACAGGCCUUCUUGUGUGGUGAUGACAUCACCCUGGCCGACCUGCUGGCCAUCUGUGAGGUAAUGCAGCCUCUUGGUGCUGGGAGGGAUGUUCUAAAGGAUCGGCCCCGGCUGCAGUGCUGGAGGAGCAGGGUGCAGUCUGCCCUCAAAUGCUCGUUUGAUGAAGCUCACAAUGUUCUGUACCGGCUGAGGGAUAAGGCCACAGCUAAGCUAUGAGCCAAACGUCACCAGAUGGUUCAGAGCUUUAUGCAAUGAUCACCUCAAUAAUGAUAGUAUGAGAAGCACUGAGCGUUGAGCUUGUUCUAAUAAUUAAAAUGACCAUAACACUGUCAGGCCUAGUGAAACUGUGAUUUUAAAUUAACUUUGAUUACUUGGUCUAGUGAAUGUUUGAAAAAACCUACAGCUUAGUUUGGAUUGGUACAGCUGUGUGAUUGCUAGAAUGCCAGUGGUUUUCUUGCUUUAUGUGGCUACUUCUGCUCGAUUCUUUCUUAACCGUAACCAGCACUUAGUUCUGAGAAUUAUAUUGUUAUUAAACUAACAACAUCUUUACAAAGCAGAA